ACACUGCAUCUGAAAUUAGGGUUUUUCUGCUUCAACAUUAUCCGAACCCUAAUCUCAAUAAUAAGGGUUUUCCCACGAAGUUCAGCUCCACUACACGCUUGAUGAUCACACUACACCUUCCUUCUUCUCCCAGCUCGCACCUCUUUCACCCUCACACGAUCUCAAUCCCUCGCGCAUGGUCGAUUCGGGAUUCAUAUUCCAAUUCAGGAUUUCAAUCCAUCGCCACCAAUUUCUUUAGUCUCGUUUCUUCGAGUUGCAGCCAAAGCUAGAGUCUUUUGGGUGCCUUCUUUCCGAUUCCCAAUCCAAUUCAGACACCCAGAUCACAAUUCUCAACAACCACCCUCUUUCUGGCUCGUUGAAUCCAUGGACGUAGACGGAGGGAACAAGCGCGUGUUUCACAGGCUCGGUGGACCCUCGGGUGACACGAAGCACCAGAAAGUGUGCUUUCAUUGGCAAGCGGGCAAGUGCAAUCGGUACCCAUGUCCGUUUCUUCAUAGCGAGUUGCCUCCUUCCAACGCCAAUGGAUCCUCUUCGAAAAGGCCUUAUGGGUCUGCCGAUAAUUCGGGCUUUUCGGGCCCACGCAGGAACCCGAAUUACAGCAAUUGGGGGCAUGGCGGUGGCCGUGGUGGCGGUCGAGGAGCUGCGAGUGGUGGUAGAGGAGUAGUUAUGAAGGCUGAUAAAGUUUGUAACUAUUGGAUUCAAGGGAAAUGUAGUUAUGGAGAGGGGUGUAAGUUUCUUCACUCUUGGAGUUUAGGGGAUGGUUUUUCUUUGUUGACUCAGCUUGAAGGGCAUCAGAAGGUUGUGAGUGGGAUUGCCCUGCCCUCUGAUAAUAAGCUUUAUACUGGAAGUGCUGAUGAGACUCUAAGGGUUUGGGACUGCCAGUCUGGAAAGUGUAUAGCUGUGGUCACUCUAGGUGGUGAAGUAGGUUGCAUGAUCAGUGAAGGUCCCUGGGUUUUUGUUGGCAUACCCAAUUUUGUUAAGGCCUGGAACACGCAAAAUUCAAUGGAGCUAAGUCUAAAUGGCCCUGUGGGACAAGUUUAUGCACUUGUUAUUAAUAAUGAUAUGCUCUUUGCUGGUACACAGGAUGGGUCUAUAUUGGCAUGGAAGUUUAAUGUAGUUACCAACUGCUUCGAGCCAGCUGCAUCACUUAAAGGUCAUUCCCGUGGUGUUGUUUCGUUAGUUGUUGGAGCUAAUAGACUGUACUCUGGUUCAAUGGACAAUACAAUAAGAGUCUGGAGCCUUGAAACCUUGCAGUGUUUACAGACACUAACAGAGCACACAUCUGUUGUGAUGUCUGUUCUCUGCUGGGAACAGUUCCUUUUAUCUUGUUCGUUGGACAAAACAGUGAAGGUGUGGUUUGCUACGGAAAGUGGAAACUUGGAAGUAACAUAUACUCACAAUGAAGAAAAUGGUAUACUCACACUCUGUGGGAUGCAUGAUUCACAAGGCAAGCCCAUUUUGCUGUGCUCUUGCAAUGACAAUACUGUGCGCCUCUAUGAUCUGCCAUCAUUUGCAGAGAGGGGUAAGAUAUACUCGAAACAAGAGGUACGUGCAAUUCAGAUAGGGCCUAGUGGCAUAUUCUUCACUGGUGAUGGAACUGGUCAAGUGAGAGUGUGGAAUUGGACAACGGAGCCAACUACUACUACCUUCCAAUAAAGUGGCACUUUUAAUUUAGUCCAUUUAAUUGUUUUAGUAGUUUUGUGGUCUUCCUUUUUUGUAAUUUUUUAGCUGCAAGAAGGGAAAUUCAGUGUGAGGUUGGGAUUUGGAAGAUAGCCAAAAGAAAAAAGAAAAAAGAAAAAAGAAGAGAGAUGGAGGUGAGGUGAGGUGAGGUGAAGGGAGUGUUUGUAAUUUUAAUUUUGUGGAAGUAGUCUUACUGUUAGAAUCUGAGCCUGAGGUUUUAGUGUUAAGAGAGUAUCCUUGGCACAAAACUGUGCUCAAGUAGAUGUGCGUAUGAAGUUGGUAACAUUUUGCUAAAUCACAACAUUAUUCAUCAUUUACUACCCAACACACCCUCCAAUGCGUAUAUGUAUAAACCAAAUAAAUUUCAGUUACAAGCAACCAGGAUGUAUUGCAUUUUCUUCUAUUGUAUUCUUUUCCUGGUGAAGAUAAGCUUGACGAAUAUGAAUAUAUUGACUCGUUUUCCUUUGCUGCAGCUCUUUACAUCGUUUGUGCUAGAAUGCCUCAUAGGAUAGCUCAAUUUCUUUAGAUUAAAUGUAUAUCAUUUGUGCUACAAAGCCUAGCAUAGUUGAUAGAUGCUGAGUUCUUUAAGCAUGUUGACAGAUAUUCGAUUCUUGGCCGUAUGUAUAGAAAAUGUUUUGUUGGGAG